UAAGUUCAAAACCAAAGUCUAUACCUUUCCUUUUCAUAGGUUUCAAAUCUGGUCCAAACCAUGUUCACAAUAAAGGAGGAAUCACUUAAAGCUCUAGUUUUAUUGACUUUCAAGUCAUCAAUUAGAAUAUGAAACAUUUGGUAUCCUCUCAAAACCAAGCUCAUUGAAUUGAUACAGUUCUUAUAUAUAAUGGAACAGUCUAAGCUCUCAACCAAGUGAAAACUGCAAAGGCCACCCAAAAACAUAUCUCCCUCUUGUGAAUGACGACCAAUCUUGAUAAUAGUGGUUUUGGGUUGUAAAGCUGAUCCAAUCUCUUUGCUGUUGCAGGCCUAGCAUGGAUUCUACCUUUACCUAGUGAAAACUCAGUGUUUCAGUUAAUUAUUUUGGAUGAGUGAAGUGCAUGUUGGGAUCUCUCCACCUUAGCUCACAGGGGAAAGUUAAAAAUUCUGUUAACUAGUAGAAUGUUGGUCUCUGUCCCCAGUCAAUCACAUUGGUCUUAGGUCAUUUUUAUUGAGUUCGGAACCUACACAGCACCCUAACUUCAUUGCCUACUGUGAAUUGAGAAUACAUGGCAGUCCUACCCUCUGAUGAACCAUCUAAUGAUUCCUGUGACAACGAUGGGCUUCAAAUAAGAACUGGAACCUUAAAGACGGGUAUUGCUCACAUAAUUACCGCGGUUAUCGGUUCUGGAGUUCUAUCUCUAGCAUGGAGCGUUGCACAGUUAGGAUGGAUAGCAGGUCCACUUUCCAUGUUUUGUUUUGCCGUGGUCACCUAUGUUUCUUCUUUCCUCCUUUCAGAUUGCUACAGGUACCCUGAUCCAGUAACUGGAGCAAGACACCACUCUUACAUGGAUGCUGUUAAAACCUACCUAGGUAGAAAGCAGACUUGGAUAUGUGGCUUGCUUCAAAUUGUGAACUUGUAUGGUGUUGGUGUUGCUUAUGUAAUUACCACUUCAACCAGUAUGAGAGCUAUUCAGAGAUCCGAUUGUUUCCACAAAGAAGGACACCGGGUUCCAUGUGCAUAUGGAGAUAGCUUUUAUAUGCUACUAUUUGGAGCUAUUCAGAUUGGCUUUUCUCAGAUACCUAAUUUCCAUAACAUGGAAAUUCUCUCCAUUCUUGCAGCAGUCAUGUCCUUCUCCUACUCUUCCAUUGGAUUUGCCCUUGGCUUUGCCAAAGUAAUAGGAAACGGAAGGGUUAAGGGGAGCAUCUCCGGAGUGCACACAUCUACAACUCCUCAAAAAAUAUGGAAAGUCACUCAAGCACUUGGAGACAUUGCUUUUGCAUACCCAUACUCCAUAAUUCUUAUCGAGAUACAGGACACAAUCAAGUCUCCUCCACCUGAGAACCAGACAAUGAAGAAAGCAUCAAUGAUUGCGAUCCUCAUUACCACCUUCUUCUAUCUCUGUUGUGGAUGUUUUGGGUAUGCUGCCUUUGGGGACCAGACACCUGGGAACCUCUUAACAGGUUUCGGAUUCUACGAGCCAUAUUGGCUAAUUGACUUUGCUAAUGCUUGCAUAAUUCUUCAUCUAGUAGGAGGAUAUCAGGUAUUCUGUCAGCCAGUAUUUGCAGUUGUUGAAAGGUGGUUUACAGAGAAGUUCCCCAACAAUGGGUUUGUGAAUAAUUUCUACACCUUCAAGUGCCCAAUAUUGCCAGUUCUCAGGAUUAAUCUUCUUAGGUUGUGCUUUAGAACCUGUUAUGUUAUAUCAACAACUGGAAUUGCGAUGGUCUUCCCCUACUUCAACCAGAUUUUGGGUGUGUUGGGUGCCCUGAACUUUUGGCCGUUGACCGUAUAUUUCCCUGUGGAGAUGUAUUUCAUUCAGAAGAAGAUACAGCCUUGGACAAGAAGGUGGAUUGUUUUCCAGUCUUUCAGCAUUGUCUGCUUGAUUGUGAGUCUGGUGACUUUAGUUGGGUCAAUUGAAGGACUCAUAUGUGCAAAGUUAGGCUAACAAACUACUCGCACUUCUGAUUAUGCAGAAAGGUGUGGCUAUUUGAAUUUCAGUGAAUGCUUUUAUUAGUAAUUACAGCUUUUUACAGAUAUAAAGGAACAAGGUAUCUUUGUAUC